AUGGCUAAAGAGGCGUCGUCCAGCUCUACGUCUUCACUCCGCAACAGAACGCAAUACCAAUCAUUAAUCCAAGAAAAAGGCGCUGAGCAAACGUCAUCACUCUCACUCCCGACCACGGAUGACAGACGUGACAGCCCUGUCGAGUCAAGCAGCGUCAGUGCACAAUGUCUCCACGCGAUCGAGCCACAAGAGGAUCCGAGCGGUCCAGGCGCCCCGCCAUUCAGAUGCCAAAGCUGCAAAGAGCUCGACGCUGCCAUUGAGAAGCACCGCAUCGCCUAUGCAGCACACGCGGUCAACAAGGAUGACCGGACCCUGAAGAAAGCGUCGCGUUUGGCCGCCAUGGAGGUCCGCAGCCUGAAGAUCAGGCGCUUCAACAAUGCCAUAGUGAAAGAGCAAGGAGAAAAAGAAAAAGAAGAGGCCACGCUGGAAAGUGUCGAGGCGGGAACCCAAGACGAAGAGGAGACGCCACCAGGUGCCCGCUCUCCCAAACGCUCAUCGCUGGAUCUAGACGACGUCGACCCUUCUUCCGCUCCCCAGCACCGCAACAACAACAACCCCGCCAAACGUGUCAAGUUUGCUGCCCCGUCUGACCUCUCCCCUCCGCGCCAGUUCUCCCGCCGCAACCACAACAACUUCGACCGCUCGUCGCCGGCCUACCGCCCAGGAGCGUACGCCAGCACGACCGCCCGUCCCCACGUCGACACCAGCGGCUACCGCCUGUUGUACGCCCAGUUCUACGCCGCCGACGACAGCCUCGAAAACGAUGUCUUCACCUUCAGCAGCUCCAGCAACGGCACCCCCUCCCCCACCCACGACGAGGACCAAGACGCGGACCAGGACGAGGACGAGGACCAGCAGCAGCAGAGGCAGCGGUCGCGCCGCCGCCGCGCCCCUGGCCCCCCACCUCUCCCAAUUGAUCCAGCACGGUACGAAACCCCGUCCAUAACACUAACCACGCCCUCAGGGCUGUCGCACACACUACUCGGCGCGCGUCUGCACGCCCUCCGACCUCAGUCCCGCAAACCGCACCACCCCCUUCCCAGCCGCACGCGCAACCGCACCCGCAACCGCGCCACCAUCACCUGCACCCUCGCACAAAAACUCCCCCUCAUCACGCUCACAGACUCCACGCAGCACACGCUUCUGCUCUUCUCGCGGCGUCUUGCGCGCGCUGCUCGCACCGCUGGAAAAAAGCGCCCUGUCGACGGCGUCCGGGUGAAAGACGAGACGGGGGCGUGGCGGCGCGGCUGGCUAACAUGCGUGUUUUUAUUUAGGGGCGAAGUGCGUCUGCGGCGGAGGAGCGGGCGGGGCGAACGGAGCGGGCGGAGUGAGCGUGUCGAGCGUGCCCAGCGUAAUGAGCUUAGUGAGCACAGCGAGCCUAACAAGUUGGACGAGCAAGGCGAAUAUAGCGACCUGGACGAACUUAACAAGCCAGACGAGCGUAGCAAGCAGAACAAGCGUAACAAGCAGACCAAACCCUCUUUCCCCGUAGCCGUUCCCGAACCUCUAGACCUAGAUUUGGCUACCUCUCCUCCUUCAUCACCCCCUUCUGAGAAGGAGGGGAGGAAGGAAGACAAGACGCCAGCACCACCGCCCCCCCGCCCCCGACGCAGGCGCCCCCUCAGGCGCUCGGACGCGUUUGUGCUGCAGGUGAGCGAUUGCAGUGACUGCGACUGCGACGAUGCGUUGGCUGGUAGUUUGGCGCUGCGGUCGCGGGCGCGUGGGGAUGGGGGCGGUGGUGGUGGUGGUGGUGGUGGAGAGGGUGUUGGUAUUGACGGGAAUGAGGAGGGUAAACAUGAGCGUGUUAGUAAGGAGGAAGAAGGGCAGAUGCGGGAGAUUAUUCGGCGGCUGGCGCAGAGUUGA